UGCUCUGUGUAAACAUUGAGAUAAAAAAGAUAACAAUGAACGUAUCAGUUGAUCAAAUACGGAAACAACGGAAAUAUUGUUGUAUAUGUAAGGGAGAAUAUAGAGGACAAUUUGUUGAUGGAAGAGUUGUAUCUUUACACCGGUUUCCACAAAAUAAACGACUGAAACGUGUUUGGAUUCAAAGGUGCAGAACAGUCAUGAGAACCUUUGUGUGGAACGAACAUAGACGACUAUGCAGUACACACUUUGUUGGAUAUCGUGGGCCAUCGUUAGAACAUACAUUACCGUCCUUAUUCCCGACAGAAAAUGGAAGUACUAAAGAAUUUACUUCACCGAAACUGGAUGAAAAUCAGAUGGUGAUGGAGAUAGAUGAUAAUGAGGGUAUGAUGGGCGGAAACAGCCAGUGCGACAUUAUCCAAGAUGAAAGCCGAUCUACAUCUGACUCGGACGGCCACAACACUGUUCAUGAUGCAGAUACGAUGAUGGACGUAUCUGUUUCCCUUCAUGAGUACUGUGCAAGUCCAGUGGUCAGAUCUAGGAAAACCGGGAUCAGAUCUUCUUAUGUUCAGACCUAUCCAGACUGCAAGAUGCAAAAAGUACAGACAGAUUUGGUUGAAGUAAAACCAUUGGUUGAUGCCUCAACACAAACAGAACAUUUAAACGAGGACAAGGGUGUUCAGUGUAGACUGCCAAAUUUAACAUACCAUGAUGUUAAAAACAAUGAUGAUACGGUGUGUUUUUAUACCGGUAUACCGAAUGCAAAAGUGUUUGAUGCUUUAUUUGACGAAAUUAAGGACGAGGCAGAAGAAAGGACAUCAAGGAGACAGUUGAAUUACAAUCCAACGCAAGGUGGAAGGCCACGUAUUCUGACAGUUAUUGAUGAGUUUUUCAUGGUGCUGAUGAGACUUCGAUUAGGACUGUUACUGGAGGACCACAGUUUUCGUUUUGGAAUCUCGGCUACACAUUGCAGUGACAUAUGCAAUCGAUGGAUUGAUUUCUUGGCAGUGCAGCUCUCAUUUUUGGUACAGUGGCCAUCAAUGGAUGUUAAUAAAAGGAACAUGCCAACAGUUUUUAAGGAAAAAUUUCCAAAAACACGUAUUAUAAUCGACUGUACAGAAAUAUACACAGAAACACUAAGUUCAUUGAAGUUGAAAUCUUUGAUGUACAGUGAUUACAAGUCUCAUAUAACAUAUAAGGCUCUUGUAGGAGUAAGUCCAAAUGGAGAAGUUACUUUCGUGUCAGACCUUUGGUGUGUAGCAUCAGUGACAAACAAAUUACAAAAGAAAGCGGAUUGUUAGAUUUAUGCAGCGAGGGGGAUGCAAUAAUGGCUGACAAAGGGUUUACCAUAUCAGAUUUAACAACGCCUAAGGGAAUAGAUUUGAUCAUUCCACCUUUCAAGAGAAAAAAGCAAAAGUUUGCGAAAAGGGAAGUCCUUCUCACAAAAGACAUUGCUACUUGCAGAAUUCACGUAGAAAGAGAAAUGGAACGCAUAAAAAACUUUAGAAUUCUUUUAGGUAAUAUUCCAAUUACAAUGGCAGCUCAUGCAUCAAAGGUUUUUAAGAUUUGUACAUUCUUAACAAAUCUGCAGCCAUCACUUGUGCAAAAUUGAUAGGAAUGAAAUAUUUCAUAGAACUCUGCUGUUAAGGUAGACUAGCUGCUAGACUAUGAAAUAUAUUUUAAUGUUUAUUUUUAAAAUUGUGAAUGUAGCCAGUCUAUGUCCUAUAUCAUAUAUGAUAAUAUAACAAACAGUUCUCAGUAAUAAUCACUAAAAUAGGCUCGCAUUUGUCACUAUCACAUAAAUAAAAAGAAAAAACUACGAAAGUUGAAAUUUUGUGACACAUUU